CCUGGUAAGUUGGGUCUACUCACUGUACAGAGCCCUACCCACAAAAGGUAUUUUAUACAUUGAGAACUCCAUACUUGAGCACUCCAUACCCUGAGGUCUUCAGGGGAACCUCAGACCUACUAUUUUUGGGGAAAUAGAAAAACAGCUCAAAGAUACCCUGAAAGGAGAGGAACUAAAAGCCCUCCUUACCUGCAAAGAGGAGGCAAUCGGCAAAUAUCAGAGGGCAGUGGAGGAACGUGCUAAAUCCAAGUUCUAGAUGGGCAUCAAGGAUUAUAGAGCCGGAAAUGUAUACCAAUGGAGCAGUACAGGCAGGAGUGGAAGAAAGAGGCAAACAUCCCAUGUUACCCUCAGAGAGGAACACAGAGACACCAUAUACAAGAAAACAACUGAGCACUCCAUACCCUGAGGUCUUCAGAUGAACCUCAGACCUAUUAUUUUUGUGGAAAUAGAAAAACAGCUUAAAGUUACCCUGAAAGGAGAGGAACUAAAAGAUCUCCUAACCCGCACAGAGGAGGCAAUCGGCAAAUUUCAGAGAGCAGUGGAGGAACGUACUAAAUCCAAGUUUUAGAUGGGCAUCAAGGAUUAUAGAGCUGGGAAUGUAUACCAAUGGAGUGGUGAACCUCAGAACUACUAUUUUUGUGGACAAUGCAGAGUAGAACAUUAUGAACAAAUGGUCAACAAGUGUUUCUUUGAUAUUUUUCUAUUAGAUAUCAAAUUUCUAUAGUAACCCAUCCCAUCCAUCAAAUAGAAAAACAGCUUAAAGAUACCCUGAAAGGAGAGGAGCUAAAAGCUCUCCUUACCUGCACAGAGGAGGCAAUCGGCAAAUAUCAGAGGGCAGUGGAGGAACGUGCUAAAUCCAAAUUCUAGAUGGGCACCAAGGAUUAUAGAGAUAUGGGGGGAGGGGGCAGAUAAAGCACCAAUGCAAGAAGAAGGAACCCCGGCUGCUACAGGGAUCUUCAUCCAGUGAAUGGGGGGAGACAGCAACCAGCCAGGGGGUCAAGGCAAAUCCAGCAGGCACAUUAGUAUAUCAUUUAUCCAAUACCAUAAUUACUAAUACGCAGAUAUCAGUGUGGCUUAUCCUUUAGCCUAGUCAAUAUAGUUGACACAUUUAAUCUUGAAACUCACAUACCAGGAUUGUGUGACACAGAGGCAGGUACAGGCUCUUCAGCUGCACUGCGUAUGCGAUUGGCCGGGGUGUGUUACCGACUGUUAUCUGUCUGACAGCACCUGGGAGUAACUUACUAACAUAUCAGAUAGAACUUAGCACUCAGGCAUUCCUACUGCUUAUAUAUAGAUAUAUGUAUCUGCUCCUGAACCAUGAAGCGCUCUCUCUUCUACAUUGUAUCCGGCUGCACUCUGUGGGUUAUCCUUAUGUUCUUCUACAGAUUUACACAAACAGAAUCUUACAUCAGACACUACCCCCAUGAGAUCCAUGAAGAUACACAGUCAGGAUCUUCUCCAGCUCCAGCUCCAUCCCCUGAAGAUAAAGAGCUGCAGAACUUGCUGAGAAUGACAGCAUGGAACAUUGCUCCACUCCCUGGUGACUUCCAGCUUUCCACAAGUCAUAGUAAUUCUUCCUACACGUUACUGCACCCCCGUUCCACCUAUACCAUGGGAGAAACCAUAGAAGUUCUAAUCACAGCCAAGGACCACAAAGGUCGCCCAAAGACAUAUGGUGGAGAUUUCUUUAAUGUGAAACUUUACUCUACCAGUAUGAAAGCUGGAGUCAGUGGAUCUGUCAAAGACCAUAACGAUGGGACCUACACAGCAACGUUUCUUCUUGUCUGGCCAGGAGAGACGAAGAUCUCAGUUAGACUUAUGCAUUCAAGUGAGGCCAUUGCUAUUCUACAUGAGAAGAGAGACUCACGUCCAGACAAGAUAUACUUCCGUGGACACUUUGAAUUAAAUGGAACCAGAGAAGUGGUGGAGUGUAACUUUGACCUCCCUGGACGUGAUGUUUGUGAAUAUUACGACGCAGGCAGCGGUGAGAAGUGGGUGUGCCUCCGGCCGAAGACCCUCCCUUGUAACUCAUAUCGGGAACACUCCGCAGGGGGCAGUCGUGACAUCCUCAACGAUAAGGAGAUGGAAUUCCUCUCAAUGUCUUUUACUGACCAGGAAAUUCCGACUAAUCUGAAACCACUGCAAGUACUUCCCAACAAAAGCAGCAGGAACAGAACGAGGACAACAUGCACUUCUGGGCUUCCAAUUCCAAAUCCCUCCGGGUUUUAUUAUCAGGAUUUGUGGGAGUCUCUUGUAUGUUCCAAUCAGCAUUUCCCUGAUGCUUCCAGCGUAGCCAAUUGUCUGGCUGGGAAAAAUGUCUACAUGUUUGGAGAUUCCACCCUGCGCCAAUGGUGGAGUUAUCUAGUUGACUUAAUACCCACCCUCAAAGAGAUAGACCUCCAUUCGCCAUAUCAUCCAGGUCCCCAUCUGGCAACAGAUUCAGAACAUAAUUAUCUGGUCCAGUGGAGAGCACAUCAGAAGCCCCUGCGCAUGGAGAAGACUUGGCUAAGGGAACUUCACUACAUUGCAUCGGAACUUGACAACCUGGGUGGUCGAAACGGGCUGGUGAUUGUUAUCAAUUGCUGGGCUCAUUUCCUCACCUUCCCCAUAGAAACAUACGUACGACGACUUCGUGGAAUCCGAGAUGGUGUAAAAAGGUUAUUGGAGCUCAACUCUGAAGUCACGAUCCUCAUUAAAUCAGCCAACACUGGUUAUCGCUUUGCCCAUGCAAGUGAUUGGCUCUCUAUUCAGCUUGACACAGUGAUGAGAGCCAUGUUCUCAGACUUGCCAGUCACUAUACUGGAUGUUUGGCAGAUGACUUCCUGCCACCGAGAGCCAGAAAAUCUCCAUCCGCCAAAAGUCAUUGUCAAGAAUGAAAUCGACUUAAUGCUCUCAUUCAUCUGCCCUUCCUGACACUGGUACUGUCGCCUCUCUGUCUCUCAGAUUUUUUUUAUGUUGCUCAAUAAAGGUGACGUUCUUUUUUA